AUGGACGACGUGUACAUCAUCUGGCCAGCGGCAUUGUUCUUGGCCAAACUCAGGAGAAGCAUUGCGAAUGUGGAGCCGCUCAGGCAGCGUCUAGGCGAGGUGACUUGUAUCAGCAUAUGUGGUGAAAGCUUCGCAGGAGAAGUGACGGCAAGAAUCAGUGGCGCCGAUCCUUGGAUACAGGCGCUUCUGCCUAACGGCUGGCGUCAGGCUGCUUUCGCUGCUCUCCCGCGCUUGGAGGACUUGCGAAUCGAGGGCGACGAUGCUACGAGACGGUAUAGGCGAUCAGAGAGCGCAGUGUGGUCGGAGUGGUAUACAGGCCUGCAGGUGCGAUGCUUCUAUUGA